AUGUCGUACCUUACGGUGCCUCUCCCUUUCCGCGAGGCUCGCUACAUGGCCGAGCAGAUCAGAGAAGCUACCUUGCGCCGACAUCAGGUCCCUCCCCCUGAGCUCCUCCAGAUCCACACCGAUCUGAUGGUGCGAAUCUGUUACUUACACCCUGACGUUGAGGACAAGGACGUGAACAAGCUCGUCAUGAUGUGCAUGAUCCAUGAUCUCAACCAGGUGGUAGCCAAUGACGAAACAAUUCCCCAAAGAACGUACCGAAGACAAUGGGAAGAGAGAGAGACCAUCUUCUACCUCGAAACCCGUCUCAAACCCUCAAACCCCGCACUAGCCCAAGGCCUCUUCAAUCUUUGGAAAGAGUACGGUGCCAAUGAAACAAUCCUGUCUCAGCUUUUCCGCGAAAUUCGAGACCUCGUACGCUUCCACCGAGCCUUCAUGCACGAGAAGAGAGCCCAACGGAUCUACUCCUACCCCUUCAUCGAGCGGCUCCGCCUCUGCAUCGGCAGCGAAUGGCUCCAAGUGAUAGCCGACUCCAUCCUCGACUCUUGGAUUGUUGUCAAGGAGAUACAGAACGCAGGCCCCAUCUACUUCGUCUUUGGCGGACCAGGUUCCGGCAAAACCUUCGUUUGCGAGCGGUUGUCUGCGACCCACGGCUUUGAACAUAUCUCACUGGCUAGUCUAAUCGAGGAGGAGGCCAACAACCCCAGCUCAGACCGUGGCAUCACCAUCAACACCAAUCGCAGUCGCGGUCGCCCAAUCCCGUUGGACCUCUCCAUCAGCCUACUGAAAGACAGGCUCCGACAGGCAGAUGGUUCGGGUAUCCUCAUCGACGGGUUUCCCGCGACCAUGGACGAGUUGCGAGAAUUCGAGAAAGAGGUCUGA